AUGCCUCGUAUAACUGCCUGUUCACCCAAGAUGGAGGCGGGCGAGAGCUUAGCUGAAUGCAGCCGGGUUUGGAAAAGAGAAGAGCGCCUAAAACCACUCGAUGGACGAAGGGGUCGCGUGGACCAGCGCAGCAUUGGCAAUAAACCUCUGGAUCUCGCCUCCCUAUUUCACUUCGCGGAAACCAAGGAUAUUAUUAGUAAAUUUGACGAGGAAUUAGCGACUCGUUAUCAAGGAACCGGCGACGGCUGUGUUGGUAACAUGCUCGGCAUCUCGCGAAUGCCUAACCGUUUUGCUUCUGCAGCCAACUUGGCACGAUCGACCGAGUUCGACAUGGUGGAUAGGGAUGAAGUACGCAGAGUCCGCGAGGACUGGUCUCAGUUCAAAAAGGAUAGCAGUCGUCCGCCCAGUCCUUCGGAAGACGAAUUUGGUGUCACAUUACGGCGACAGCCUCAGUUGCCGAUAGGACCAGACUUCGACGUCGCUCAGCCUUUCACUCCUCCAGUCAGCCAGAAGCAUCGAAAUGUCAGCCGUGCAGGCAAUGAAAGUUUUGGCAUCAACCUGGUAGAGGGUCAUACAGAAAUUUUGGUCGUAUGCCCUGAGAGGCUGGUGCAACCCAAAGCACAGACUGGCUAUAAUGGUCCCAUCACGGCACCAAAUCCGGCUCGUUGA